AUGGCCUUUCUUCUCACUCUCGCCACUCUCGGAGGCCUCGCCCAGGGAGCCGUGAUUCCACGAGCGAGCAUCGACAGUGAUGCGGUGGUAGGAUUCCCCCAGACGGUCCCCAGCGGUACUACCGGAAAGGUCUACCUUGCCUAUCAGCCGUACCUCAAGGUGGUCAACGGCUGUGUUCCCUUCCCAGCGGUCGAUGCAGAGGGCAACACCAACGCUGGCCUGGCCCCGACAGGAGCAUCCAACGGUGACUGCGCCAGCAGCACCGGCCAGAUCUACGUGCGCGGGGCCGCGUAUGGCAAUCACUACGCCCUCAUGUACUCGUGGUAUUUCCCCAAGGACGAGCCCUCGACUGGGCUCGGACAUCGCCAUGACUGGGAGGGAGUCAUUGUCUGGCUCUCAUCGUCCACGUCCACCUCGGCUGACAACGUUGUCGCCGUGUGUCCGUCCGCCCAUGGUGGCUGGGACUGCUCGACAGGUGGAUUCACACUCAGCGGCACCAAGCCUCUCAUUAAGUACUACAGCACCUGGCCGGUGGAUCACCAGUGUGGCCUCACCUCGACUGUGGGAGGCACACAGCCCUUGAUCGCCUGGGAGAGUCUGCCAACUGUAGCCCAGACGGCACUGGAGAGCACCGAUUUUGGUGCUGCCAAUGUGCCUUUCAAGAAUGCUAACUUUGACUCCAACCUGGCCAAGGCGACCUUUUGA